UCUCGGGUCUGGCUGCGAGAAAAUAAUCAACAUUAUCCCAGUACUGUUCAUUCAUGUGCAGAAGGAGUUGUCGUAUUCAGGACAGAUUAUGGUCAGGUAUUCACUUAUAAGCAGAGCACGAUCACACACCAAAAAGUAACGCCUAUGCAUCAAACAAGCACAGAGAGUGUGGAAGACAUGGCAGCACUUGUAGAUCUCCACGAAGGCUCCAUUAUGCACAACUUAUUCCAGCGAUAUCAGCAAGAUAAAAUCUACACCUACAUUGGUUCGAUAGUUGCCUCUGUGAACCCCUACAAGAGCAUUCCAGGACUGUAUGACUGCACAGCUGUGGAGCGAUACAGCAAGCACCACAUGGGAGAGAUCGCACCUCACAUCUUCGCUGUGGCCAAUGAGUGCUACCGCUGCCUUUGGAAGCGCCAUGACAACCAGUGUAUCCUCAUCAGUGGUGAAAGUGGUGCUGGUAAGACAGAAAGCACUAAGCUGAUUCUCAAAUUCUUGUCUGCAAUGAGCCAACAUUCGCUGGAGCUGUCCUGCAGAGAGAAGACAUCCUGUGUGGAGCAAGCUAUUCUUGAGAGCAGUCCAAUUAUGGAAGCUUUUGGCAAUGCGAAGACUGUUUACAACAACAACUCAAGUCGCUUUGGGAAGUUUAUUCAGCUGAACAUCUGUCAGAAAGGAAACAUUCAGGGAGGAAGAAUUAUAGAUUAUUUAUUGGAAAAAAAUCGUGUAGUAAGACAAAACCCUGGAGAAAGAAAUUAUCAUAUAUUCUAUGCUCUGCUGGCGGGGAUAGAAGAGAGAGAGAAAGAUGCUUUUUACUUAUCUGUACCGGAGAACUACCACUACCUGAAUCAGUCUGGAUGUAUAGCGGAUAAGACAAUCAGUGACAAAGAUUCUUUCAAGGAAGUCAUUACUGCAAUGGAAGUGAUGCAAUUCAGCAAGGAGGAGGUACGAGAAGUUUUGAGACUGUUGGCUGGCAUUUUGCAUCUAGGAAAUGUUGAGUUCAUCACUGCUGGUGGGGCACAGGUGUCCUUUAAAACAGCUCUGGGUAGAUCUGCUGAAUUACUAGGGUUGGACUCCACACAGCUAACUGAAGCAUUGACACAGAGGUCAAUGAUACUCAGGGGAGAAGAAAUCCUAACACCUCUUAGUAUACAGCAGGCAAUAGACAGCAGAGAUUCUAUGGCUAUGGCACUUUAUUCUCAGUGUUUUGCUUGGGUCAUUAAGAAAAUCAAUAGCAGAAUCAGGAGCAAGGAAGACUUCAAGUCUAUUGGAAUUUUGGACAUAUUUGGAUUUGAAAAUUUUGAGGUAAACCGUUUUGAGCAGUUCAAUAUUAACUAUGCAAAUGAGAAGCUUCAGGAGUAUUUCAACAAGCACAUCUUUUCCUUGGAGCAACUGGAAUACAGCAGGGAAGGACUGAUUUGGGAGGAUAUUGACUGGACAGACAAUGGCGAGUGCUUGGAUCUUAUUGAAAAGAAACUGGGACUACUGGCACUUAUCAAUGAGGAGAGCCAUUUUCCUCAAGCUACUGACUCCACCUUACUGGAGAAGUUGAAUGCCCAGCAUGCUAACAAUCCUUUUUAUGUAAAGCCGAGAGUUGCCGUUCACAACUUUGGAGUGAAGCACUACGCUGGGGAGGUCCAGUAUGAUGUCAGGGGGAUCUUGGAGAAGAACAGGGAUACUUUCAGAGAUGAUCUCUUGAACUUACUACGUGAAAGCAGUCUUGAUUUCAUCUAUGAUCUAUUUGAACAUGUUUCAAGUCGUAACAAUCAAGACACUCUUAAAUGUGGAAGCAAGCACCGAAAACCCACAGUCAGUCUCCAGUUCAAGGAAUCACUUCAUUCUUUAAUGGCAACGCUGAGUUCUUCAAAUCCAUUCUUUGUUCGGUGCAUCAAACCCAAUGUGCAGAAGAUGCCAGACCAGUUUGAUCAGACAGUGGUGCUUAACCAGCUGCGCUAUUCUGGGAUGUUGGAGACGGUCAGGAUUCGGAGGGCUGGUUUCCCAGUCCGGAGGCCCUUUCAAGACUUUUAUAAAAGGUAUAAAGUCCUCAUGAGAAACUUAACUCUGCCUGAAGAUUUAAAUGAAAAAUGUGCCGUCCUACUUCGUCUGUAUGACAACACAAGCACUGAAUGGCAGCUUGGAAAAAAUAAGGUGUUUCUCCGGGAAUCCUUGGAACACAAGUUGGAGAAACAGCGAGAAGUGGAAGUCACCAAGGCAGCAAUGAUUAUCCGAGCACACAUCUUAGGUUACGCAGCCCGAAAGCGGUAUAGAAAGGUUCUCUACUAUGUGGUUGUGAUACAGAAGAACUACAGAGCCUUCAGUGGAAGGAAAAAGUUCCUGUGCCUAAAGAAAGCAGCCAUAGUUCUUCAGAAGCAGCGGCGAGGCCAGCUUGCUCGACGUCUUUACAGGGAGCGACUAGAGGAGAAGCAGAGACAAGAGGAAGAAAGAAGGAAAAAGGAGGAAGAAAGGGAAAGACAAAGGCAAGAAGCAGAGCGUCUUGCCCAGCAGGCUGAAGAAGAGAGAAAAAAGCAGGAACUGGCCGCCAUUCAGAAAGCCCAGAAGGAGGCAGAGCUGAAGCAAGAGGUGGAGAAGCAGAAGGAAAGCAGGCAGGUGGAAGAAAUCCUGCGUCUGGAAAAAGAAAUCGAGGACCUGCAGCGUGUAAAGAAGCAGCAGGAGCUGUCCUUGACAGAGGCUUCAUUACAGAGGCUGCAGCAACUUCGAGAUGAGGAGCUCCGGCGGCUGGAGGAUGAAGCAUGUCGAGCAGCCCAGGAGUUCCUGGAAUCUCUGAACUUUGAUGAGAUUGACGAAUGUGUCCGAAACAUUGAGAGGUCUCUCUCUGUGGGCAAUGGGUAUCCUGCUGAGCUGACUGAACAGACUGGAAAUGCCUGUAGUGAAAAGCCCAAUUUUAACUUCAGCCAGCCAUAUCCUGAGGAGGAGGUAGAUGAGGGCUUUGAAGCUGAUGAUGAUGCGUUUAAGGAUUCGCCCAACCCAAGUGAGCAUGGCCAUUCUGAUCAAAGAACCAGUGGCAUCAGAACAAGUGAUGAUUCCUCAGAAGAAGAUCCCUAUAUGAAUGAUACUGUGGUGCCAACGAUUCCUGCUGUUGGUGACACCAUGCUUAUACCUCCUGCCCAUGACGCAGUCAGUCUCCACAACUCUUCGAGCGGUGAAUCCACAUACUGCAUGCCAGAAAAUGUGUCGUGUAGACCCCCAAAUUCUAUGGAACUUAUUUCUCCCGACGGGGACUACGAUUACGACCAAGACGAUUAUGAAGAUGGUGCUAUUACUUCUGGUAGCAGUGUGACCUUCUCUAACUCGCACAGUAGCCAGUGGUCACCAGACUACCGGUGCUCAGUGGGGACGUACAAUAGCUCUGGAGCAUACCGAUUUAGCUCUGAAGGAGCUCAGUCUUCUUUUGAAGACAGUGAAGAAGAUUUUGACUCCAGGUUUGAUACAGAUGAUGAACUUUCCUACCGGAGGGAUUCAGUGUAUAGCUGUGUCAGCCUGCCCUACUUUCACAGCUUUCUGUACAUGAAAGGUGGCUUAAUAAACACAUGGAAGCGACGCUGGUGUGUCCUGAAAGAUGAGACCUUCCUGUGGUUUCGUUCCAAGCAGGAAGCACUUAAGCAGGGUUGGCUUCAUAAAAAGGGGGGUGGAUCAUCUACACUUUCCAGAAGGAACUGGAAGAAACGAUGGUUUGUUCUCAGACAGUCCAGGUUGAUGUACUUUGAAAAUGACAGUGAAGAAAAGCUAAAGGGUGCCAUGGAUGUCCGAACUGCCAAAGAGAUUGUUGAUAAUACAGGCAAAGAAAAUGGUAUUGAUCUAAUAAUGGGUGAUAGGACCUACCACUUAAUUGCUGAAUCUCCUGAGGAUGCAAGCCAGUGGUUUAGUGUACUGAGUCAAGUCCAUGCGUCCACAGAGCAAGAGAUCCGGGAGAUGCACGAUGAGCAGGCAAAUCCACAGAAUGCUGUGGGUACACUCGAUGUAGGACUAAUUGAUUCUGUCUGUGCUGCUGACAAUCCAGAUAGACCCAACUCAUUUGUGAUCAUCACUGCUAAUCGUGUUCUUCACUGUAAUGCUGACACUCCUGAAGAGAUGCAUCACUGGAUAACCCUGCUCCAGAGGUCAAAGGGGGACACUAGAGUGGAGGGACAAGAAUUCAUUGUGAGGGGAUGGCUACACAAGGAAGUAAAAAACAACCCAAAGAUGUCUUCCUUAAAACUGAAGAAGCGUUGGUUUGUUUUGACGCACAAUUCUUUGGACUACUACAAGAGUUCGGAGAAAAAUGCAUUGAAAUUGGGUACAUUGGUCCUGAACAGCCUCUGCUCAGUGGUCCCACCUGAUGAAAAGAUCUUCAAAGAGACAGGUUACUGGAAUGUAACUGUGUAUGGACGCAAACACUGUUACCGUCUCUAUACAAAAUUGCUUAAUGAGGCGACCCGCUGGUCAAGUGCCAUCCAGAACGUGAUUGACACAAAAGCACCAAUUGAUACUCCAACGCAGCAACUUAUUCAGGAUAUUAAGGAAAACUGCCUGAAUGCUGAUGUGGUUGAACAGAUUUAUAAGAGGAAUCCUAUUCUCCGUUACACUCAUCAUCCGCUGCACUCGCCAUUACUGCCACUGCCAUAUGGGGACAUCAAUCUAAACUUGCUGAAAGACAAAGGCUACACAACUCUGCAGGAUGAAGCCAUCAAGAUAUUUAAUUCUUUACAGCAGCUGGAAUCUAUGUCUGAUCCCAUCCCUAUAAUCCAAGGUAUCCUCCAAACAGGACAUGAUUUACGACCCCUCCGAGAUGAGCUCUACUGUCAGCUCAUCAAACAAACCAAUAAAGUGCCUAACCCUGGAAGUGUGGGGAACCUCUACAGUUGGCAAAUACUCACCUGCAUGAGUUGCACAUUUCUGCCGAGUCGCAGCAUCCUCAAAUAUCUCAAGUUUCAUCUCAAAAGGGUUCGUGACCAGUUUCCAGGAACUGAAAUGGAGAAAUAUGCACUUUUUACUUAUGAAUCUCUGAAGAAAACCAAAAGCAGAGAGUUUGUGCCAUCACGGGAUGAAAUAGAAGCACUGAUUGGCCGGCAGGAAAUGACAUCCACAGUUUAUUGCCAUGGUGGGGGCUCCUGUAAGAUUACGAUCAACUCACACACUACAGCUGGAGAGGUGGUUGAAAAGUUAAUUCGUGGUUUGGCCAUGGAGGAUAGCAGAAAUAUGUUUGCUUUGUUUGAAUACAACGGAACUACUGAUAAAGCAAUUGAAAGCAGAACCAUUGUAGCUGAUGUCUUGGCAAAGUUUGAAAAGCUUGCUGCCACUGCUGAAGCUGGGGAGAUGCACUGGAAGUUCUACUUCAAGCUCUACUGCUUCCUGGACACAGAAAAUGUCCCAAAAGAUAGUGUGGAAUUUGCCUUUAUGUUUGAGCAGGUAAAGGACAAGGGUUCAGUUUUGAGGCACUUUUAAGAGGAGGAAAAAAGCAAGAGAUCUAGGCAGCACAGAGGGAGUUUUGACUAUGCGUCUGUUCAACUAAAUGCACUACUACUCAAGCAUCAAGAGCAAAGGAAGGAAGCAGUUCAGUGGUCAAAACAGACUUAUCCUUACAUAAGUGAAGCACAUAUGAUUUUCCUAAUGUUAUGUUUCUUACUUCUGCAUUACUUGUCAAUUGCUUUAUAUGUAGUGGUAAAAAAUUGGAUAGCCGGGUCUCAGCUGUGUUUAAAAAAAAAAAGG